CUUCUGUGAUUCGCCCUUCGUGAUUACACUAUACUUUACAUGUAGUAGCACGCGAAUGUGCUGCCAUCGUACACAAUUUUAGAGUAACAUUUUUAACAAAAAAAUAUCUCGCCUAAAUUGGGGGUAUUUCAUACACGUUUUGUGUGGCGGCCAUCGUGCACGUACUUUUCCUUUGUUAGUGAAAUAAUUGUGUUUUUACUAAGUUUAGUGUAGUGUUUUGUGUUUGCGGAUAAAAUGGGAAAACGCAAACAUCGUGAGGAAGAUGAGGAAGAUUACUUGGAAAGAAAAAUCCGAAGUCUCGAGAGGAAAAGAUUGAAGAUUCGUCGCAGGCGCCGUCAUCGUAGUUAUAGCCCUAGUACGUCCUCAUAUACAGAUAAUGAAUAUGAGUAUGCGGACCAAGAUAUCGGUGAGCCCGAUCCCUUGCUAGAGGAUUCGCAAUAUGAAGAAUCCCCAUUGACCAACAAUACUGUAUACGACUUAACCGAUGAUGAGGUCGGUGCUUCAACGUCGGGUGCGCUGCCUGCUGCUGGCGGGCUGCGAUCGGUGGUCAUACAGAAUAGAAGCGCCGCCGGGCCCCGCGCGGUGGACGCGCCGGCCCCCGCGCCCCCUCCCGCACCCGCCGCCGCCGCCGCGCCGGCGUGCGCGCCCGCGGCCGCGACCACCACGCCGGCUGCGCCCGCUCCCGCGCCUACAUCCGCAGCUACCACCACACAGGUGACCGGUGAACAAAUUGGUUUACAAGAAUCUACGCCGAUUGUGACCGCGCUUGAUCCCGGUUUAUUAUGUUUGUUGGGCGAUGAGCCCGUAAAAGAAGAAACAUUUGGUCCUUGCAUUCACGACGAUAUCUCGACGAGAUGGUCCGACAUUCUAGUUAAUGGUAUGAAGGACGAUAUUAAGAAUGAUAUUCUAAAACGUUACGAAAUACCAGAAAAUUUUAAAUUAGCGCAAGCUCCUAUACUCAAUCCCGAGAUUAAGGUGGCGUAUAAUGAUAAUGUUUUAAAACGGGAUAAUAUUCUAAGUGACAAACAAAAGUUGCUCUCGACUAUUAUAACAGGAGUUGCCAAUACAUUGUCGAAUAUCUUGACAACAGAUUCAACUUUAGACAACAACAAACAGGGGAUCAUAAAGUCACUGAGCGAUACAGUUAAACUGACGUAA